AUGAGAGCGGUGAUAGUGUUGUUGGCGUUUUUAUCUAGUGUGGCAAGUUUCCGGAGUCAGUCAGUUGCAGUACGCGGUCGAUUAAUGUGCGGCUCGAGUCCGGCUUCCAAUGUACGCGUAAAACUUUGGGAAGAAGAUGGCGGACCGGAUCCAGAUGAUUUACUUGAUCAGGGUUACACGGAUCAAAAUGGUGAUUUUUUGCUUAAAGGAGACACUGUUGAAUUGACACCAAUUGAUCCCGUCUUCAAGGUGUAUCAUGACUGUGACGAUGGGCUCAAGCCUGGCAAAAGAAAGGUAAAAUUCAAGAUACCAAAAUCAUACAUUACCAAUGGAAAAACACCGAAGAAAGUUUUCGAUAUUGGUACUUUGAAUUUGGAAACGAUAUUUCAUCACGAAGAACGCGAAAUAAUUGUAUCGUAAUGGCAUAUUUGAUAUACACCGGCAAGAAAGGUGGAAGGUAUACAGCAAAAAAUAAAUAGCUCAUGUUCAGUGUAGUAGUAAAUGUGUAAAUAAAAGAGAUGUUUUCUAAAGUGACCAUUUGCAAUUUUUUCAUUUACUAACGAGAUGAUGUCAAUCUUCUAAUUUUAUUGUUGAAUUAAUUUGUAGAAGAGGAUAACGAGAUUCCAACCCUUACUGUAGUGCAGUACAUCCAUUUGUAUCAUUAAUUAAUGUUUAAGAAUAAUGUCAUAACAAGUGAUUAAUUUGACCUAUACUUUCCCACUUUUCUUUUUUGGUAAUGGUUUUCCUGUUAUGAGAUUUAUCAGUAA